CAAACACGGAAGUACAGACCACAACGCAAACGGCAUUAUUUGGUGCGGUUGGUCGUCCCUCGCUUGUUGUUGUUUUUCGACUACUCCACAAAUAUUCGAAGGUGGUGAGUUUAGUCGAGUAAAUGAAAAGCUAACCAUGACUCAGGCAGAGAAGGAGCAGGACAACGGGAAGGAGAAAGAAAAGGAGCGAGAAAAGGAGAAAGAUAAAGAGCAGCAGCGUGGUGUGAAAAGACCCAUCGCUCCUCCAACCAUCCCAGAACCUCUUCAGGAGCAAAUACAGAGCAAUUUCAUAGUUGUCAUCCACCCUGGUUCAAGGACACUCCGUAUCGGCCGAGCAACAGACACAGUUCCAAUCACCAUCCCACAUGUGAUCGCACGCAGACACAAGCAAAGUGGACAACCCAAAUAUGAAGAUGCGUGGCUGCUGAGAGAAGGUCUCAAUAAACCAGAGAGUAAAGAGCAGAGGCAGAAUGGACUGAAAAUGGUUGACCAGGCCAUCUGGUCCAAGAAGAUGUCAAACGGAGUGCGGAGGACUCCUGUGUCUGCUGAACAGGCCAGAGCAUAUAAUUGCCAGGUCCGUCCAGCAGUACUCGACAGCAGCUCUAGGGUAAAGUGGACCAACACAGCCCACCAUCCUCCUCAUCUGGUGGGAGAGGAGGCUCUUUAUGUGAAUCCAACUGAUUGUUAUAACAUCCACUGGCCCAUCGUCAGGGGGCAGCUCAAUGUACACCCUGGUCCUGGUGGCUCACUGACUGCUGUCCUGGCUGACCUUGAGACAAUUUGGAGUCAUGUCAUUCAAAAACAUCUUGAGGUCCAACUCAAAGAUUUAAAGUAUUACAGAUGUAUCCUCCUUGUCCCUGACAUCUACAACAGACAGCACAUCAAGGAAGUUGUAAACAUGCUGCUACUUAAUAUGGGCUUCUCAGCAAUCAUUGUGCACCAGGAGUCAGUAUGUGCUACAUUUGGUAGUGGGUUAAGCAGUGCUUGCGUCGUGGAUGUAGGAGACCAGAAGACUAGUCUCUGCUGUGUAGAGGAUGGGGUUUCCCACCGGAACUCCAGGUUGUGUUUGGCAUAUGGAGGUUCAGAUGUGACUCGUACUUUCUUCUGGCUCCUGCAGAGAGCAGGUUUUCCCUACAGAGACUGUCAACUGUCCAGCAGACUGGACUGUCAGCUACUACAACAUUUAAAAGAGACCUUCUGUCAUCUAGAUCAAGACAUAUCAGGACUACAAGAUAAAGAAUUCCAGACACGUUUCCCAGAAUCUCCCUCUCUGCUCUACCAGGUUCGAUUAGGAGAUGAGAAAUUACAGGCAUCCAUGGGACUUUUCUACCCAACCACUUUUGGUAUUGUUGGUCAGAAGAUGACAUCACUCCAGUACCGUUCUCAAGGUGACUCGGAAGAUCCUCAUGAUGAACACUACCUGCUGGCUACACAGAGCAAACAGGACCAGUCCUCCAAAUCUGCUGCAGACCGGAAGGCUAUCUCCAGACCAGGUGGAGCUUUGGAUGGAGAGAUGAGCAGUCAAGGAGGGAUUGGAGAGCUCUCUGACCUACCCAGGGGCUGCGGGAUGGGUGGUAGUGGAGCAGGGAUGCAAGGGGAGAUGGAGCUCGGGCCUGCCCAGAGCGAGUGCUUGAUGGGGGCGGGAGAAGUAGAUGAGCCCCUGUCUGCUCAUCUCUCCAGGAAGUCUGCAAUCAUGAGCCAGUUUGAAAGUAAAGCACUGGGCCUGGAUAAAGCCAUCCUGCAUAGCAUCGACUGCUGUGCAUCUGAUGAAACCAAACGAAAGAUGUACAGCUCCAUCCUGGUUGUGGGAGGGGGGCUCAUGUUUCACGGUGCUCAGGAGUUUCUGUUACAUCGGAUUAUCAACAAAAUGCCGCCCUCCUUCAGAAGGCUGGUGGACAAUGUGGAAGUAAUCACACGGCCAAAGGACUUGGACCCUCGCCUGAUAUCAUGGAAGGGGGGAGCAGUGCUGGCAUGUCUGGACACAACCCAGGAGAUGUGGAUACACCAGAGAGAGUGGCAGCGCUUUGGUGUUCGAAUGCUCCGUGAGAGAGCUGCCUUCGUCUGGUGAAACCAAGCUGAUUUUGAAAGUAGAGAACACAUGGUGUGUCUCAAAAUGAUAAACCUCUCGAUCAUAUGAUGAAACUGAAACAAGUUUUGUUUGAAGCUACACCAGUCUAUAUUUCCAGUUGUCAUGUUCACCGUUUCUGUAAAUAAUAAUGAAAUUCUUUGGAAGUUUGGCUGUAUCUAAAUAAACAUGUCAUACUUACAAUCA